GCUGGUGCUGCUGGUGCUGCUGGUGCUGCUGGUGCGGUGGGCGACGAGGCAGCGCGUGCGGUGCAGCAGCUGGGCUGAAGGGGUUUGCAGACUGCAGACUGUUCCCUGCCAAACGACCAACGAGGGCGGCGUGCAACAGACGAGCAGAGGUAGGUGGCCGUCCCAAGGGCUGCCAGCCAGUGCGGCCAGGCAACCAACACAAGCUCCCAAGCUCCCAAGCUCCAGCUCUCUCUUCACUCGUGCCAGCGGUCCCACUCUUGACUUCCCGUGCUCUUCAGCCGCGUUUUGGGGUUCCCCGCUAUUCCUAACCGAUUCGCCUUUCCGAGUCCUGGAUUGGGAGUCAUGCCCUCGUCGCAACCGACACCUAUUGUCGCGCAGCCCGGCCUGGGUCCGCUGCCAGGCCAUCGACACGCCUCGGGCUGUUUGUCUUCUGGGCCUGGCAAGAAACGUGCCAUCGCCCACAACACCCUCCCCCGCAGAAUCCGAUUGGUCAUGGCCGACCGGUGUGCCUCCAGUCCUCAUUUCACAGCCUGCCCCAACUGGCCCGUCCGUCGAAAAUCUCCCACGAUGCCGUUUAUGAAAGCCGCGCCCGGUGGGUGUCGGGGAUCGAGCUAGCUCACCUCCUUUCUUGGGACGGCUAUGACGCCGGUCGUCUUGCCGAGCUGUCUUGCCGCUCCGUACACAGUGAUAAAAUCUGCGAAAUGCCCACUGCACGCCUGCUCUCCAGUUCCCAGUAGCUGUCCCUUAUCCAUCACAUCAUCAACCCCCAUCUCCACAGCUGAGGGCGGCUCCUCCUUCGGUAACUGGAGUCUCGGACGCCACAAGGUCUCCGUUCAAUUUAAACCGCCCAUCCCGCGCCCACACCCUUUGGACCCAGCACACAUUGCUGCAAAGACACCCUUCUUUACCUGUCAUCCCUCAAGACUUGGACCUUUUCCAGUCCCCCCGACCCCUAGCUCGUUCAGAUCCCUUGGGCUAGAGUCCUGUGUGGUUGUUCUUGUUGAGAAGGCAGUCAUGGAAACUCAGCCGGCGAAACAGGCGUCCCAGCCAUAUUAUGACAUUGUCAUUGUUGGCGCUGGCCCUGUAGGGCUCAUGCUUUCGACGUGCCUGGCGAGGUGGGGUUAUAAGAUCAAGCACAUCGACAACCGAGCAGAACCAACGCCAACAGGUCGUGCAGACGGUAUUCAACCUCGUUCUCUGGACCUUCUGCGGAACAUGGGUCUCAAGUCGGCGAUCAUGGCGCACAAGCCGGCCAGGGUCUACGAAGUAGCCUUCUGGGAUCCUCCCCGGAACGGAAAGGGCAUCGCUCGGACGGGGACUUGGGCGAGUUGCCCUAGCUUCAUCGACGCGAGAUAUCCCUUCACCACCCUCUUGCACCAGGGCCUCAUCGAGCGCGUCUUCAUCGCCGACCUGGAGAGACAUAACUCGCAGGUGCAGCGGCCUUGGACAAUCAAGGGGUUUAGCGUCGACGAAAAGACCAAUCCCGAUUACCCUGUCGAGGUCGAGCUCGAACAUGUGGACGGCACGAUGCGUGAGAGCGUGAGGGCCAAGUACCUGUUUGGUGGUGAGGGCGCAAGGUCCUUUGUGCGGGACCAGUUAAAGAUAGGAAUCACGCACAAGGACCCAAUAGCCCACGUGUGGGGUGUCAUGGAUGGCGUUGUAAAGACUGAUUUCCCUGACAUCAAGAUGAAGUGCACGAUACACUCUGAGCACGGCUCGAUCAUGGUCAUCCCGCGCGAAGCCAACAUGGUGCGGCUUUACAUACAAAUCGCGUCCUCGACCGAUCCUGACUGGAACCCGCGCAAGACGGCGACUUCUGCGGAGGUCCAGGAAUCAGCCAAGAAGAUCUUGCAACCCUACUCCAUAGAAUGGGAGACUGUCGAGUGGUACUCUGUGUAUCCCAUCGGCCAGGGUAUUUCCGACAGGUAUACCCUGGACCACCGCGUUUUCCUCGGCGGGGACGCUUGCCACACGCACAGCCCCAAAGCUGGUCAGGGGAUGAAUACAGCCUUCCUCGACGCCCAAAACCUCGCCUGGAAGAUCCACGCAGUUGAGGGUGGUUUCGCGGACCGAGAGAUACUCAAAACGUACGAGCCAGAGCGUAAGGAGGUUGCAGAGACCUUGCUGUCAUUCGACAACCGCUACGCAAAGCUGUUCUCGGCGCGGCCGCCGCCCGCGAGCACGGUGGAGGCCGCCUCAGAGACCGCAAACAGCAAUUCCUUUGAGGAGAGCGAGUUUGUAAAGACGUUUAAGGAAUCUUGCGAGUUCACCAGUGGCUACGGGGUCGCUUACGGGCCCAAUGCGCUCAACUGGUCGUCCGAGCACCCCGUGCAGUCGCCAUUGGUCCACCCUGAAGGCACCAAGCUAAGGACAGGUCGGCUUUUGAUCAACGCCGACGUGACCCGUGUUGUUGACGCCAACGUGGUGCAUCUCGAACAAGAAGUCCCUCUCAACGGCUCAUUCCGGAUAUUCGUAUUUGCGGGCAAGCCCAGUGUGACCAAGAGGGCACUGGACGACUUCGCGAGCAAUCUCGGCCGCCGUGGCUCUUUCUACACGGCCUACCAGCGACCAGACUUACAGAAAGUGUCGCAUCACGAGCAAGACAACCCUCACAGUCUGUUCUUCACAAUAUGUACUGUGCUUGCGGGCGCCCGUAGCAGCAUCGAGAUCAGUCGCGAUGUCCCGGAGCUGUUGGGGCGCUAUCGGGACCAUGUGUAUGCGGACGACCGAUGGGAUCGCCGUGUGCCGGAUGCGAAGGCAUCUGCGCAUGCCAAGAUGGGACUGAGCGAGGAGAGAGGCGGUGUUGUCGUCGUCCGGCCUGAUGGAUACGUUGGCAUUGUGGUCUCGCUCGUAGAGGGUAGUGGCACUGUGGAUGCCCUGAACCAGUAUUUUGGGACCUUCUGUACGAAAUCACUCGGGACAGCAGCGUCUCAGUUGUGAGGACGGCUUUGCUUCUCAUUGCUCGUUGUCAUGUCAAUACCUGGGCUAUGGCGCAUGUUAUAUAGAUACUUGAAGCCGACUUUAUUCUCCCACCCA